AUGAAACUUCACCAGAAAUCAGUGACCAUAAUUCUAACACAUGCUCCCUCAUUCAAACCCCUCCUCUUUCUAGAGUUAGAAAGAAGAUGUAAAACCUUCCUGCUUCCAUCCAAACAUUCACUGACACUUCAUCUGGGAGGUGAAAUGGCGCGGCAAGUAUUUAAUUUUGACAGGGAAAGACUCAGCUGUUCAAUAUGUCUGGAUCUACUGAAGGAUCCGGUGACUAUUCCCUGUGGACACAACUACUGCUUGAACUGUAUUAACCUCCACUGGGAUGGAGAAUAUUGGAAGAAUAUUUUCAGCUGUCCUCAGUGCAGACAGAUCUUUACACCGAGGCCUGACCUGAAGAAGAACACGAUGUUGGCUGGGUUGGUGGAGGAAGUGAAGAAGACAGGAGUCCAGUCUGCUGAAGAUGACAUUUACUUUACCGGACGUGGACAUGUGUCCUGUGAUUUCUGCACUGAAAGAAAGAGGAACGCUGUCAAGUCCUGUCUGCAGUGUCUGGUCUCUUACUGUGACCAACACCUCCAGCCUCACUAUCAAUCUCCUGCAAUUAAAAAUCACAAGCUGGUCGAUCCGUCCAAGAAACUUCAGGACAACAUCUGCUCUCAUCACAAUGAGGUGAUGAAGAUUUUCUGUCACACCGAUCAGAAGUGUAUCUGUUAUCUGUGCUCUUUGGAUGAACAUAGAGGUCAUGCUACAGUUCCAGUUUCAGAAGAACGAACUGAGAAGCAGAAAGAGCUGAAGCUAGUUUGUGAAAAAAUCCAGCAGAGAAUCCAGGACAGAGAGACAGAUGUGGAGGUGCUUCAGCAGGAGGUGGAGGCCAUCAAUCAGUCUGCUGAUACAGCUGUGAGGGACAUAGACAGGUUCUCCAAAGAUCUCAUAUAUCUCAUUAAGGAAAAAAGUUGGGAUGUGAAGCAGCAGAUCAGAUCUCAGCAGGAAACUGAAGUAAAUAAGGCCAAAGAUCUUACAGAAAAUAUGCAGGAGGAGAUCACUGAGCUGGAAAGAAAAGAUGGAGAACUGGAGCAACUCUGUAAUACAAAGGACGACUGCCAGUUCCUGCAGAUGUUCCCUUUGCUUUCAGGACACAGUACAACAAAGUGGCCUCGUCCUCAACCCCGUCACCUGCAGGAGUUUGAGGAUGUGACAGCAGCUGUGUCAGAACUGAAAGAUAAACUACAGAGAAUUCUCUGUGAGGAACUGCCAAAACUUCCACAGAGAGUCACUGAAGUGGAUGUUUUACUGACACAAACAGAACCCACAACCAGAGAGGAAUUUUUACAGCAUUCAUGUCAAAUCACACUGGAUCCAAACACAGCAAACGUACACAUGUUAUUAUCUGAUGGGAACAGAAAAGGAACAUACACGAGUAAAAAACAGGCCUAUCCAAGUCACCGUGACAGAUUCAUGAGCAAGUCUCAAGUCCUGAGUAGAGAAGCUCUGACUGGACGUCAUUACUGGGAGGUGGAGUGGAGCGGCUCAGGUAUUAUUGUAGCAGUCGCAUACAAAGAUGUAAGCAGAAAAGGAGACCAUAGCGAAUUUGGGAGUAAUGACAGGUCUUGGGCAUUCAGGUGUUCACACAAAAAAUAUAAAUUUAGUCAUAAUUCAGUCUCCAAUCCCAUCUCAGGUCCUCUGUCCUCCAAAGUAGGAGUCUAUGUGGAUCACAGAGCAGGUAUUCUGUCCUUCUACAGCGUCUCUGACAUCAUGACUCUCCUCCACAGAGUCCAGACCACGUUCAGUCAGCCGCUACAGGUUGGGCUUCAGGCUUAUUAUUACAUUGGUUCAGAAUCCUCGGCUGUAUUCUCCAUCUUAGCAUAUUCUGUAUGCUAACAUGGAAGUGUUCCAGAAACACUGAGUGUGUUUCUGUUAAAUGGGUGCAGUACGCCUGUGAAAUCUAAUGCAUUCCAGUACAACAUCACUGCCAUAAAUCUACCUUUACAAAGAUGUUUUUUCCUUUUUUCUUCAUGCCUUUUUGUUGAUGCUAUAAUUCACAGUAAUUUUGUAUCCAGUGUCAACAAGUUCCAAACUUGAAUUAUAAUAUACACAGACUAACAAUUGCAUUUGUGAUUGUCUGCUUCAGUAGAAUUUCCAUUGUUCAGAUUUCUAGUUUCUCCAGCAUUGUCCAUUGCCACUACCAGUGUAAGAAAUGCUUGUGUAUAAAAAGUUCUGUGAUAUCUUUUUAUAUAUCUGCAGUAAAUGUUGACCAUCCACCCACUAUGACCUCAAUAAUUCUCUGUUUAUGCUAGAUGUUAAUAUAUUAUACAUGAUAAGUUAACACUUGUGCACAACUGCAUAUUUUCAAGGAUAUGUGAUUGUAAAAUUAUAACAACAACUAGGUUUUCAGUAAAGGAGGGCUUUAAAGAAAGUGUUUAUUAGCAAUGAAACUAAUUUAGAAGUUGUAGCAUUUCCAAAAACACCAAUUUGUGGAAACUAUACCUUCAUGUUUCACAGCAUAAAGACGCAUCCUGAACUUUAUAAAUGCUUGAUGAGGUGGAAGACUGGCUGUAUGAGACACGAUUAUUAUUGAUCUCUGUACACAUAAGACUAUCAGCUGUUCUAAAAGCCCUUGACAUUCAGACAUCAUGUGUCUGUUUGUUGAGCAGAAGGUCAUGUAUUAGGUGACAGACAGGUGUUUUCACGUCUGUAUUAGCCUCACUUAGCUCCACUGCUAUGUGUUGAAAUGGUCUUGUCUUUGUUCUGCAUCUCAUCUGGACAGCAUUUCCUUUUAUUGCUGAGGUUAACAGCCUGUUCUCUUUGUGAUCCAGCCUUUUUUUUUGCACAUCUGAGACUGAGCAUCAUGUGUUAGCGAGUAUAAAAGCCUUGAAGGGUGAAAGAUUAGAGCAGAAGAGCUCUUGAAGUCCUCACAUGUUGUCGUUUGGAUAUGAAUAUAUGAAUAUCUCGGUGUCUGCAUUGACGGCUCAUGUUUGAAACGUUCGAUCUGGGCAGCAAUGGAAAAUUUACUUUGAGAGCAGACUUUUACUUAGCUGGUGUAAACAGUGUUGUUUUUGUCUUAUCAAAUCAUUUUCCAGAGUCUAAUUUAAUAUGGCAGACGAGUAAAGUAACCUGUCAGGACUGUUAAAUUCUGAGCUUGCAGGUUUUAUCAAACGGCCACAAAGAUCAUGGGAAUAAAAGUGAAUUAAUUACUAGCCUCAGUCUUUUCUAAUGAGAAAUCUAUGCUCAGGGAGGCGCAGUAGUUUGACUGAUAGAAAACACUUUCUGAAUCUAUAAUUUGAGGAUGAGAAGGUUCAGGACGCCGAAGUGAACCAGUGUGAGAAUUUAUUCCUCCCUUUAACCACUGACAUAUUAAAUAGCUGUGACUGUAAAUGCAAAUUACGUUCAUACAUUCAUUCAUUAUUGUUUUUUAUCUAUUUUUUAUGACCUUUUAUAGAAUCACUAGGUCGGCCAUAGCUGUCUUCUAAUUAC